AUUGAUGAGACCGCCGUGACAACAAAUUUGAAGAAGGUGACCUAUUCCGUUUCUGGAUGCAACGAACUUGAUCUAGUUAUUGACCAGAUUCUGGACCAUGUGAUGCAGGACUAUGUUAAAAGUUGGUACGGUCCGUUAACGAAUGAGCCUGAAUUCCUGCAAAACGUUCACUUCGGACUCGCCAAUCUCCUGUCGGAAGUUUCAAAAAAGUUCCAAGCCAUCAAUUGGAUCCCUUUUCUGAUAGACGGCGUUCCGAACACGGUGAUCGAUCAUUUACGGAUUUACAGAAAAACUUUGGAAAGGCUGCACGCCUCAAGACAGAGCGGUCACGGUCACUACAAAGUCUUUUUUGAUAUCGAAGCCGAAAAAGAGGAACACUUUUGUCGGGAGAGUAUAUGCACACGUUCCGAAGACGAACUAAACCACUUGAAGCGCAUUACUGAAGUUAUCCUUUACGCCACGAUGCCCAGUGACGACUUCGCAGUCCCAGCGUAUCGGCUCCUCUUAAGAGAUGUCAUUGUCAAUGGAAUUUUGCUGCCAGCCGUUAAUGUCCUCGCAGAUCCUGACUUCGUAAAUCGCACAAUUAUUAAUCUGUGCAAUGAGUCAGCCUGCACCAGUCCUUACUUCAUACACUCGCUGCGGAUGUCGCGCAAUGCCCCUGAGUUGGAAGCCGUCUUGGACAGCGUCGUAAAAUUCUCUGACCGACUAAGAGGACAUGAUUCUGGCGGUGAAGACGACGCAAUGAUCAAGGCCCAGCUGAGCAGCCUGCAAUUCAUUAGCAAACUCUGCACGAAUCGGAUCGAACUGUUAAAAAACCGCCCAUCUCCUAAGCCCCUGCCUCCGUCGGCGGCGGCGGCGGCGGAAGAUCAGGUCCCGAUUUGCGAUCUUUCCUUCGACAGCGUAAUGAACAACGACGCUGCUGUGGCUAACUUCCUCGACUUCCUCACUUCGCUGAACGAACAGUCUCUCUUCAGUCUUUACCUGAAUUGCGUGUGUCUGGCUGUGUUUUGCUUGAAAUCCAUUCGAAUAUUUAAGACCUGA